GGGGUCGUGCGGCUGCCAGACCUGCACAGGCCAGGCAGUGCGCGCGUGGCACAGGGGAUACUGCCGCUAGGGGGGCCCAGAUGAGGCCUGUCCCCGCUGUUCACCCCUCCCCCUCAUCCAGUCAGGUCCAGCCUGCGCCCCCCCCCCCGACAGGGUGGGGCAUCGCCCCCGCCCCGCUACUGCACACCCUCCUCUACCUAUCUCCGCUAGGGAGGUGCCCAUACGGCGGGGGCGUUCUGCGUCCGCCCGCGGCGGCGUGCCCCACUGGGCCUCUCCUGCCGGGGGUGGCUCUGUGGCGCCCCUCCCCUCCAGGAUACCGCGUCUGGCUCGAGGCGCUGCGGCCGCCGUCCACGGCCAUGCGCCUCCGACGGGGGUUCCUCACCCCAGGGGGCGGCGUGCACAGUCGGGGGGUGUCUGUUCCGCACCUCCUCGCGGCCGGUCAUCUCCUGCCAAUGUGGAUACGGAGGGGUCACAUGCCUACAUUGCGCCUCCUCCUGCCAGUAGCGAUGACUCUUCAGUUUCUCCUCCUGUGGCCAAUAAGCGGGAUCGGAGAAGAUUGCGGCGGGAGCAAUUGGCGAGGGAUUUCUCCCAGCGGGACGGCGAUACCGUGACGCCCGACAGUGAGGGUUCAUUGGGUCCUUGCUCCCAACGGGGGGUUUACGAUCCUCCCGUGGGGAGCACGACCCGCGUGGCGGCUCUGAUUUUCCUACGCAUGCCACGUCAGCGGCACCCUUGGUGGACUCAACCGUUCUGUCCGCCAUUUGUGCGGCUGUUGUGUCGGCAGUGGCGCCCUUGUUAUCCCCCGUACCCGGGGGACUUGGGCGGUCCUCCACUUCUUUGGCAGAUAGCAUUGCGCAUGCUCUUGCCCCGCUUCUGUCCUCUGGCGCGACGGUUCCCCCGCCUGCCCCGCUCCCGGCUGCGGCAAACCCGGUGGAGGAGCGGAAAAACCAUGUCUCUUUUGUCCCCCCAGCCGCGGACGUCAGGAGAGAAAUGGAGUCUGUCGGUGCAUCCGCGAGUCGACCAGUGGCCGUCGGGACUGACGGCGUUCCCUCUCGGGCAGGUCAUCCACCCGGAUUGGAGGAGUUAGCACACAGAUCGUUGGCCCCUGCUACGUUUGCGGCCUAUCGUGCCGCCUGGGAACGGUGGAGUCGCUUCCUCCUGGAGCGAGGCCAGAGUGGUAAGACCUCUCACACUUUACUCUUAGAAUAUAUCUGGAUGCUGUACUCCGACGGGAUUUCGCGGUUGUCUGUUAACAGGAUUCUGGCGGGUAUAUCAUACUUUCUGCAGCUGCGGGGGGAAGCGGAUUUUAUGAAGUCCUUUUUCCUCCGGCGGGUGUUGAAAGGUUGGGCUCGGGCGUCCCCGCCCCUCCCAGAUACUCGUCUGCCGAUCACUGGGGCUUUGCUGCGGCGGAUUAUGGGAUCCCUCCGGAGUAUUUGCUCCUCGGGAUACGAAGUUCGCCUCUUCAUGGCGGCCUUUACGAUGGCCUUCCACGGCGCGUUCAGGGUGGGCGAGCUGGUGGCCGUCUCUCGGACUUCUGCCUCGCCCAUGCUGGCGGCCCACGUCGUCCUACGCCCCGACGGUUUGUGGUGCAGGAUUCAGCGCUCCAAGGCUGACGUAGCCGGCAGGGGGCAGUGGGUUCGAAUGGGCCGGGCCAGUUCGCGGGGCAUUUGUCCGGUUUCCGCGGCCCUGGCUUAUUCGUUCCUUCGGCCUCCAACGUCCACCGGGUGGCUCGUCCAUAGCGAUGGUUCCCCGUUGACCAGAUAUCAAUUCCGGUCGGUUUUGGGGCGUUGUAUCUUGUACCUGGGUCUAUCUCCGGCCGACUAUGGGACUCACUCUUUCCGCAUCGGCGCGGCUUCAGCAGCUGCUGCGGCGGGUUGGUCCGAAGUCGAAGUCCGGGCACUGGGUAGGUGGAGGUCUGGUGCAGUCAGACGCUAUAUCAGGCCUUUUCCUCCCAGUGCACCCAUUUGAGGACUAGCCGCUCGUCGCAACUGCAUUUUGCGGUUGUGGGGGCCUUGAGGAAUUUUUGUUUUAUCGUUGGUUUUACUACGGCUUUUGCCGGCUAACGAAGUUUUGUUUUUGCCUCAAGUCAAAUUGGGUGGCCCAACUCCCCCCCCCCCCCUUCCACUCCCCGUUAGGGACGUAGAUAGGUUCCCCAUUUAGCAAUGCUAUAUUUUAUGUAAUUUCUGACCUUCAUCACACCCCUCUUUUACCCCCGGCGAUCUUGGCGUGGAGCCUUUAACCCGGGGGCGAUUGACUUGGUUCGGAGACGGGUCAAUUCGGUUGUCGGUAGUGCUGUCCUCCAGCAUGGUGGCCUGGUCGUGCCGCACAGUGGUAUCUCUUUCCGGGAUCCGACUCUAUACCGGUCUGACGGGGUGCAUUUGUCGCCAGCUGGCAUGGCGAUCUUCUGGGAUGACUUUAUGCACGUCCUUCGGUCCCCUUCGGUAGUUGUUUAGGUUAGUGUUUAGUCGUUCAUUAGUGUCUAGUUAGUUUUGUCGGUUUUUAGCCCCUCCUCUAGUUAGUUGUUAGUUCGGUGGCGGUGGCAGGUUGGUAACCUGGCAGUUGGCCGGUUUAUGAACGGUUACUUAAUUUUUAACCAUUACUUCAAGGUGAGAAGUUUGGGUGUGUUUUUUGAAACAUUUUUCUUAGUCGUUUGAAUUAGUUUCCGGGCAUCACUUUACAAAGUGGAGCCCAUUAAUUGGUAAAAACAUAUGUGGAUGGCGGGGCUGGUGGCCCGAAUUUUUACCUCAUAGGGGCGGAGCGUACCUCCGUCCCUACAACAGUUGGUGGGCAGGGGUAGUGGCAGAAGGUCGACCCCUGUCCUUGGAUUUUUGAAUUUUUAAUGUCCGGGAUGCAGGCAGGAGGCCGAUCCCGGAACAUUGGGGGCAGAAGGCUCCCUCACACAUAUGUUUUUAUUGCUUAUUUUGUAUGUAUUACAAUGUUUUUUCACCCAUGUUACUUUAUUAUGUUAACCGUUCUUCUCCCCGCCACCUUAGUUAGAGAGGGAAGUCUACAUUUUAGUUUUAGCAUUUAAUAGGCCUUCCUCUCAGUCAGAAAAUAAAAGCUGACCCCUUUCACGCCAAUUACAGUUGUGGUGUCUUUAUUUCAUAGAAUAAGUGUGCUUGAGUGGCGAGUGGAUGCAUCUGACGUGUGGGGUUUAAGACCGCGUAGGGAGCAUAAUGUGACCACAGCGGCAUAAACGCACCGUCCAGGGCCUCCGCAGCGCCGCUCGAGGCAUCACCUGGCCUGUGAGGGGUUAAUGUUUUUUGGCUGGGAGGAACUCAGAGAGUGGGCCGGGGGCCCAUUGGCUGCAGCAUGAGAGGGGGCUGGCCUGUCAUGCAUAUAUGCAGCUGGCAGGAUACUUCCUGCCUCUCUUCAGACUGUUCGUUACCCACCCUCCCUCCCUGGGGACUUGUUUUGCUGCUCUGCAGCUGUGUUCAUUGUGUCGGCUUUGGGUGGCCGGUUUAUGAACGGUUACUUAAUUUUUAACCAUUACUUCAAGGUGAGAAGUUUGGGUGUGUUUUUAGAAACAUUUUUCUUAGUCGUUUGAAUUAGUUUCCGGGCAUCACUUUACAAAGUGGAGCCCAUUAAUUGGUAAAAACAUAUGUGGAUGGCGGGGCUGGUGGCCCGAAUUUUUACCUCAUAGGGGCGGAGCGUACCUCCGUCCCUACAACAGUUGGUGGGCAGGGGUAGUGGCAGAAGGUCGACCCCUGUCCUUGGAUUUUUGAAUUUUUAAUGUCCGGGAUGCAGGCAGGAGGCCGAUCCCGGAACAUUGGGGGCAGAAGGCUCCCUCACACAUAUGUUUUUAUUGCUUAUUUUGUAUGUAUUACAAUGUUUUUUCACCCAUGUUACUUUAUUAUGUUAACCGUUCUUCUCCCCGCCACCUUAGUUAGAGAGGGAAGUCUACAUUUUAGUUUUAGCAUUUAAUAGGCCUUCCUCUCAGUCAGAAAAUAAAAGCUGACCCCUUUCACGCCAAUUACAGUUGUGGUGUCUUUAUUUCAUAGAAUAAGUGUGCUUGAGUGGCGAGUGGAUGCAUCUGACGU